AUGUCUACAUGCAAGAAAGAAUCUGUGAAGGGGAAAAUAGAGAGAACUUCUGGUGGUGCUAGGGUUAUGGGUUUGCACACAAGUUCUUCCGCUCAUUCCAAAAAGAACUCAGGAACUCCAUCCAGGAAGCGCUACAAGUCUCGCGCAAUCCCAAUGCAAAACGCUGAGGCCCCUGUGUCUGAGGAUAUUUCAAACUCUUUUGUUUCUGCAAAUGAUGAAGACGAUGUCACAACGUCUACACACUCCUCAGAUGCGACAAUCUCUGAUCAGCCUGACAAGGAAGGUUCACUCUCAAAGGUUUCUUCUCCUUCGUCCAAGAAUCCGGAUUCCAAGGCUGAAGGUUCAAAGGAAGAUCUGUUAGUGGAGUCUAUGAAGACCCCUCCCAUUGUUCACGAUAUCUCUGACGGUGAAGAUUCAGAGGAAGUACCCUUGGCGUGUGUUGCUGACAGGUUACUUAAAAGAAGAAGGGCAUCUGUUGGAGAAACCCCUGUGAGCCAAAAGAAGAAAGCAAAGUCCACUUCUGUCUCUUCAAAAUCAAAACCAGUGGAUGUGCAAAGCAAGGGAAAGAAAAAGGUUGUGGAGUCCUCUGGCAAGAAAGUAAAGAAGACUACUGUGAAGAAGAAGAAGGUUUCCAGGGUUGAACUGGAUUCAGAUUCGGAUGUUGAAGCCGAUGUCCUGGACAUCACGACCUCUGAGAGAAAGAAGUUUUUUGGUAAGCGCAUUCCGCAGGAUAUUCCUUCAAUUCCACUUGAUAAUGUUUCCUUUCAUGCUGCUGAGAAUGCCAUCAAAUGGAAGUAUGUCUUCCAGCGACGUAUUGCUAAGGAACGGGAAAUUGGGUCUGAUGUUUUGGCAUGCAAGGAGAUUGUUGCUCUUAUCACAAGAGCUGGUUUGAGAAAGACUGUUAUGGAGAUAGGCAAGUGUUAUGAUAGGCUAGUGAAGGAGUUCCUAGUCAAUUUGUCUGAUGAUGUUGGCAAUCCUGCCAGUCCUGAAUUUAGAAAAGUCUAUGUGAGGGGUCAGUGUGUGAGUUUCUCUCCUGCAAUCAUAAAUAGAGCACUCGAGAGGAGUGUAGUUGAAUUUGUUGAAGAAGAACUCUCUCUGGACACCAUUGCUGAAGAACUGACUGGAGGAAAGGUGACGAAGUGGCCUGCCAAGAAGCUUCUCUCUACUGGACAUUUGACGGUGAAGUAUGUCAUUUUGAAUAGGAUUGGAGUGGUGAAUUGGAUUCCCUCUAAUCAUACCUCUGCAGUCUCUGCUAUGCUGGCCAAGUUGAUCUACCGUAUAGGAACUCAUGCAGAGACGUGUGCAGUGAAGCUUCCUGUCUCUUUUCCUUCACUUCUCACUGCUAUUAUACUGCAACAACAUCCUCAUAUUCUUGGUGUAAAUGAUGUGCCCUUCCCCAAAGGAAAUCCUAUUACCUUGGAUCAUCGCUUAUUCUUGGAACCUCAUGUCCUGAACAUUGAUCUGCCAUCCAAUAGGACAUCUGUGCCUGUUUAUACGUCAGCUUCUGGAACCAAGAGUGUCAUUUCUGAAUUGGAAGAUAUUUCUAAGGAGUUGCAAGAAACCAUCAGGGUUGCUACUGCAAGGAAGCUUAAAGUGGAUGCGUUAAUUCAAAUUCUCAAGGAGGAAGCUGGUCAAGAGGGUGAGCCUGCAGCUGCUGCUGAGAAGGAAGGAUCUGCAGACAAUGCAGAAGAACACUCUUCUUCUGAUGUUUAG